CUUUAUUCAGGCACUACCAUGCAGUCCACUCAAACCACAAUACAGUCCGUCACUUCUAACACCUUCACUCCGUCAGUCACUAUCGCUGCUUCGUCUAACAACAGCAGCAACGACCUGAUUACUACUACCACCACAUCCUCUUCUCUCUUUGACCACCCUUGUGUGGUCUUCGCUAAGGACUGGCUACGACAUGGCCGUCCUGAGACAACUCGACUGACAAAAGUCCAUGUCUUUGAUUUUGAUCAGACUCUAUUUCGAUCAUCACUACCAAAUCCAGCCCUUUGGGAUGCUUCAUUCAUUGGACAUUUAAUAUCUUGGAACACUUGUGGACCUGGCUGGUGGCAGCACCCUGGAACUCUAGACCUUGGGCCGGAGGCGGAAGCCUCAUCAUACGAUGGCUGGUGGAAUGAGGAACUGAUUGUAGAGGUAGAAAAGUCUAUCAAGGAUGAGGAAUGUCUUACAAUACUUCUAACAGGACGAAAUACCCUUAUAUACAAGGAGCGCCUAAUCCAGAUAGUGCAGAGCAAACGAUUGGAAUUUGACCUUAUCGCAAUGAAGCCCUGCACCGCAGCACGUCUAGAGCCACGUCAGGAUUUUAAAAAUAGUAAUGCAGGCAGCAGUAGAAACGAUAACAGAAACAACAAAUGCACUAAUAUUAUGAAUCAUAAAAUCGGAAAGAGAAAGCAUGCUAAAACAUCCGAGGUUUAUCUCAAAGUCCACACAUUCAACGUCAAGCAGGAAUUUCUCUAUAACGUUUUGUAUGAAUAUCCUACAAUCCAACACAUGCGUAUUUGGGACGAUCGAGCUGGGCAGAUUCAAAAGUUUCGAGUUGCAGGACAACAAUGGCAACGCAAGGGUUUACUCAAGGAGGUUGAGGUGAUCGAGGUCAACAUUUCACAUCGGUAUAUGGACCCAGAAUGGGAAAAGAAAUUAGUUUAUACAAUGGUGGACGCGCAUAACCAACAAGCGGAUAUUGAAGCCAAAGGAGGCGCAUUCUGGGUCUCAGGCGUAGGAAUAAUGCCCAAGUCAAGAUUUCAGGAGCUUGAAGAUGAGGGGAUUUGGAACCCCAUUGAGACAUAUAUCCCACAAAAGCGUGCACAUAUAACGAUUGAAUCUGUGGUUCAGUAUACUGGCGUUCAGUUCGAAGAAGGAAUCCAGUCAAUACUCAAGCGCUCUGCCCUUCAGACCCCAAGAGAGCCAUUAGAGGAAAAAAUGAAUGAACUGAAGAACCAAAGCGAAAGCGAGAUCAAGAAAAGUGUGGCGUGGAUUCCUCUACCCAAGGCUCUACAGGGCCAAGAUACCAGCCGAUGGGAUAUUCCUACCGAAUUUCAUGUAACACUUUGUCUGGGCGCAGCUGUGCCUGAGUUCCAGGAGGUGAUUGGCGGGUUGGGAGCAACCGUUUUAGUGGAGAUUGAAGCAGUAGGGGAGUUGGAGGGUAAGUUGUGGGCACUCAAGGUCAGAGGACUGGAAGAUAGGGAUAUGACGGACCAAACAGAAAUGACGGAGUCGACAGCAGAAAUAACAGCGACUGAAGAUGGGGAAAGAAAGCAGUCCAUCACUGGUGAUGGCACUAAUAUGAAGGCGACAAUGGCAACAAAGGUAACAAUUAUUGCACCAAAUGGAGAAAUUUAUUCGACAUUUAAAUCAUUUUUUUCUGCAUUGUAUUCGACAAUGGAUCCAAGCACCAUGCGGUAUGGACGCGUUGUAUCGCGAAAGGGAACUACGCCUCAUAUCACAAUGGCAAUGGACCGUUUCCGGGGGAUGCGGCCGUCCAUGUCAAACAAGGUCACAGAGUGGGAAUCCAUUCAUCCAACUUCAACAAGACGUAUUAUUUUAGUAGGAACAAUAGCGCAGAAACGUCUGCUGGGUAUCAAGCUCCAAAGACUCGGGCAUUUGGCGGCAGUUCCACGGCCCGAGGUGAGUAUUGCAGAGAUUGUGAAAGUGCAUGCUGUAGAAAAGAGCAUCGACCUACCAGGAAGAGACCUAGGCCAAAUCAUCAAGCAAGUACAGCAUGAGAUGGUACGGCUAUCAAUUGAGAAUAAGACUGUGAAUAUAGGAUUGAUCACAGCUCUUGUCCAUAGUACUUUUGACAUGGCUUUGGGGAAUAAUAUCAGUGCAACCGCGAAAAAGUGAAGUGAAG